ACAUAAACCUUGCUUGUACUUGAGUAGCUUGAGUGUUGUGUUGUUGGCAAGAGUUUGUUUACGAGAGAGAACCUCGUGCACUGUUGUAUCUACAGCCUCGUCGUUGCCAGCUUGAAGAUGAAGGUUGUUUUGCUCGCCUUGCUCAUUGGAGCGUGUUAUGGCGCCCCUGCCCAGCCAGAGAUGAGUGCUGGCUUCGGCACGGUCGAGGAGAACCCGGAGAUGGUGGAGAAUCAAACCUUCGCAGUCGAUCCUUCCUGCCCGCCCAACUCCAGCCAAAAGAAGUGCAGCUCUGGUUGCCCACCUACCUGCAAGAACCCCAAGUCGACAUGCAUGGUGAUGGUAUGCGAUAACCGCUGCGUCUGCAAUCCAGGAUUUGUCCUGAAUGGCGAUGAUGAAUGCAUUCUACUGCAAGCAUGCCCCGGCUAUAACCCCGAUCAGGAUAUCGGAUUUAAUGAUGGUCAGGACCUUGAUGAGCACAGUGUCAACAGGGAGGUUGUUGAGCCCGGAAUGAUGUCCGAGCAGAGUGAAGAGCAGAUCAACUUCCCAGACCAGAGAGAGUGCGCCGCUAACCAGGUCUACUCGGAGUGCGGCAGCGCGUGUCCCAAGACGUGCGCCAACCCAGACGGCCCGAUGUUCUGCGAGCAGAUGUGCGUGAUUGGCUGCCAGUGCCAGCAGGGAUACCUGCUCACGUCGGACAAGACGUGCGUCGCCCUCGACGACUGUUACUAAGUACAAACGGCAUGGGUCCAUAUGGAUGAUCCCAAGUGCAUACCUGGGCAGCUGAUGGACACGGCACUACAACAAAACAUGUAACGUGCAUAACUUCUCCUAGCUUGAUAGCUACAGCAAUAGCAAUGACAAGCGUGUGCCUAUAUCAUUGCAUUAUCCCAUGCUUUUUGUCCACUAGAGUGGUUGAGCCACUGAGCAAUGGGACUAGAGAUCUUUUAUUGAAUAUGUUUCAUAUACAUAUGCACUGCACUCAUUGCUGCCUGCACAUCAUUAUUUUUAUGACCACAGUUGCUUCUUUCUCCCUUCCUAACUACCGGUACAUGUGACUCACUGUCAGUUUUCACUUGUCAACAAACCUUGGUGCAAUAGACACAAUUUCAA